CUCCCAAGUGCUGGGAUUACAAGCGUACACCACUAGUGUUCAGGUUUUCUUGGAGAAUAUCUGCAGAGGGAUGUGGGAAGCAACCUGCGCAUAUCCUCCCAAUUUUCCUCCAUCCUCUCUUUAGGGUCAGAAAUCGCAUCCACGAGCUCAAGAUCUGCUUCUCUUCCAACUCUGUCAAUCCUGCCCUACCCCUUUUUGCAUUCUUUUCCCCUCCCCCAAGUCUGCUUCUACCCAAUGCAGAGUCUCUACCGUGCCCCGGACUCCUGACCAGAUCCGUUCCUCCGCUGGACCGAGCGUCUCUGUACCGCCUCUUCCCACUCGCUUCGCCAAUCCCUUGUACUGUCCCCGCCCCUUUCUGCUCCGCCCCUCUCACCCUACCAAUCCGUUCCUUUCGUCCCACCUCCUGCCGGCCGAGUCCACCAAUCCUGCCUUCAGAAAGCGUGUCUCGGUGUCCCGCAGCUCUAGCGGGUCGCGCUGGAGCUGGGGGUGGAGGCGGAAGUGGCGGCGCCGGGUCCGGGAAUAGGAAGGUACCGGGGCUACAGCCUGAGUGGAGCGGCUGCCAGCCGAGAAGCAGGCGCGGCCGCGGCGCCAUAUUGCGGCCCUUUUCGGCCGUAACCGAGUCAUGGCAGAGACCUACGACUUCCUGUUCAAAUUCCUGGUGAUUGGCAGUGCAGGAACAGGCAAAUCAUGUCUCCUUCAUCAGUUCAUUGAGAAUAAGUUCAAACAGGAUUCUAACCACACGAUUGGCGUGGAGUUUGGAUCCCGAGUGGUCAACGUGGGCGGGAAGACUGUGAAGCUGCAGAUUUGGGACACUGCUGGCCAGGAGCGGUUUCGGUCGGUGACACGGAGUUACUACCGAGGGGCAGCUGGAGCCCUGCUGGUGUACGACAUCACGAGCCGGGAGACAUACAACUCGCUGGCUGCCUGGCUGACUGACGCCCGCACGCUGGCCAGCCCCAACAUUGUGGUCAUCCUCUGCGGCAACAAGAAGGACCUGGACCCCGAGCGCGAGGUCACUUUCCUGGAGGCCUCUCGCUUUGCCCAGGAGAACGAGCUCAUGUUCCUGGAGACAAGCGCGCUCACAGGAGAGAAUGUGGAGGAGGCUUUCCUGAAGUGCGCCCGCACCAUCCUCAACAAGAUCGACUCAGGUGAGCUGGAUCCUGAGAGAAUGGGCUCAGGCAUCCAGUAUGGCGACGCUUCCCUCCGCCAGCUGCGGCAGCCUCGGAGCGCCCAGGCCGUGGCCCCUCAGCCCUGCGGCUGCUGAGACCUACAGAGCCAGGAAGCCGUGUUCUUCCAUGCUUCACCGAAACACCUUUCCAGGCCUACAAGACCCUGCAGGAUGUGGUCUCCUCCCCACCUCCGUGGUGUGUGUUUGUCGCCAAUUCUCCCCUCUGUACCUCCUGCCCAGCCCCCUCCCAGCCCUUUACAGCUCCAGGGAGGCUGUGGGGAGAAGUGGUUAGACUUUGGAUCUACUUUGAAGGGUAGAGCCAGCAUGAUUUCCUGAUGGAAUGUGAAGGGUUGGGGGGUGGGUCAAGGAUAAGUUCUUUGGACAGUGCUCUCUCACUAGGCAUUUGUAUGUGCUGUGCCUGGGCCUUCACGUCCUCAUCUGUAAAAUGGGGCCAAAAGUUGUACAGUAGCUGCCUCUUACGGGUGUUGAGAAUGUUAAAUCAAUUCAUGUAAAGUGCUUAGAAUGGGCCCAACAUAGUAAAGACUCAAUUAGCAGGGCUGUUUAUUAUAUUCCUUCAUGUCCAUCUUAAAGACUCUAGGCUGUGCAGACAUGGAAAGAUGUAUAUCUUAGCAGAGAAUCUCAGUGGGUCAAAUGUAAUAAGACAGUGCUUUUACGGACUGCUGAUUGCACUUUUAUAUGUUGAUCUAAUACAGUCACACUCAUAUAUAAAACUCAAACAUGUUUUCCUACUCUCAGUAGUCUUUUUUUUUUAAAAAAAAAAGUUGAGAUGAACACAUUCACAAUGGGACCAUAAUUUGUAUGUCUUGCUGCCAGGCAGCUCUUAUUUGAGUGUACAUUUCUUUUUUUUCUUUUUUUUUUUAGUUCCGGGGAUUGAACUCAAGACAUUGCACUUGCAAGGCAGGCACAGUGCCAGUCAGUGAAAUCCCUGGCCCUGGGCGGCUCUUAUUUGAACAUAUUAUAUUCCUACCAGCUUGUCCCACUAGUGGUACAUCCAUGAUUAUCCCACAGGGUGGCAUGGGAUGGUCCCAUUGGGUGGUACAGUCUUACAUAUAUCACCAGUGGUUUAUGCCAGUGGGACAUGUUAAUGUCACAACAUAAAUUUAAUCACUUCAAAGCUCAAUGAGUGGCAUUUAGUGCAUUCACAGGUUGUACAACUACCUCCGCUGUCUAGUUCCGGAGUAUUUUCAUUACCUUGAAAAGAAUCUGCAUAGCCAUUUCUCCAGUCCCUGGCAAAUACUGUUCUGCUUUCUUCUGCUUUCUGUCUCUGUUGACCAAUUUUUUCUUGGUUUUAGUUUAUUGAGACAGGGUCUUCUUAUGUAGUCCAGACUGGCCUGAGCUUGCUUUGUAGCCCUGAUGACCUGGGCUUUGCUUUGUAGCCCAUGAUCCUCCUACCCCAGCCUCCAGAAUGUCCAGAUUACAGGCAUGUGACACUGUGCCCAGCCGACCAAUAUUCUUAUUACAUAUGAUGCACUGUAACAUUUUCUAUUUUACUCUAUUUGAAUAAGAAAUUAUCUAAGGCCCAUGAAAUGAAUCUCCCUUCCUAUGCAAUGUUGCACAUUGGAAUCAUCUGGAGAGCUUUAAACGGUACUGAUACCCAGAUUUUACCCCAGAGAUUUUGAAGUAAUUUCAAGAUUUUUAGAAGUUUCUAGAUAAUGCUAUAUGCAGUCAAACCAAAAAGUACUAAUCUAAUGUGUAUCUCCAGCUUGGAAAACACUGGAAGGAGGCCUAAAGCCAGGGUGAUCAGGGACGUAGAAGGACACAGAGAUACAAAAGUAGGGAUAUGCUAUUUAGAUACUGAAAUGUCCUUUUACAGACUCUGCUCUCUGAGGUAAGCAAGGAGGGACAUAUGCUGGGGUGGCAGAUAGGGACAGAGACAGAGGUAGAGCUCUCCAGGCUAUGUAGAAACUUUGUAGAAGAGUUUUGGAAGGUCGGGGAGAUGCCCAGAAAUGAGACAUGGACACCAGCUAGACAGACUGAGGACCCCUUCAGGUCACUAUACCCUUCUC